UUUUUGAAAAGCAACAGAAAGCAAUGGCAGGCCUGGAACUGAAUUCAACUGACUGUCUUCCCAUUGAUGACUACAUAAAGAGUUAUUAUCUGCCAGUGAUGUAUAGCAUAAUUUCUGUAUUUGGAUUUGUGGGAAACUUCCUGGCAGUCAUCACUUACCUGGCAAAGCUCCGACCCUGGAAGAGCAGCAGCAUUAUAAUGGUGAACCUGGCAGUAGCUGAUCUGCUGUAUGCUUUGAGUUUACCUAUGCUGGUCCAAUUUUACAUUACCGGAAACUGGAUCUUAGGGGAGUUCAUGUGUCGUUUCAUUCGCUUCUGCUUCUACUAUAACCUCUAUGGCAGCAUCCUCUUCCUCACCUGCCUCAGCAUCUUCCGUUACGUCGCAGUUGUGCAUCCAUUGAAGGCUGCAGAGAUGCGGAGGAAAAGAUGGGGCAUCUUGGCUUGUCUGGCUGUCUGGGCCGUUUCGCUGGUGGAGAUUGGCCCAAUGUUGGGGAUGAUUACUUUACGGCAAAAAAACAACAUGACACAAUGCGUUGACUUCGCCAGUAAUAAUCCAUUGGACGUAUGGUGGUACGGUUGGAUACUUACAAUGUUUGGAUAUGUGUUGCCAUUGCUGGUGGUGUGCUGGAGCUACACUCACAUUGCAGGUGCUCUGGGAAGCAGCAUAUCCAGAAACAGGCCGAGUCGUUCCCGAGUUCGCAUGCUUACCAUUCUGAUUCUGGUGGUGUUUGUGGUGUGCUUCUUGCCAUAUCAUAUCAUGCGUGUACUGAGGGUGGAUAGCCUGCGCAGAACUGGUGUGUCAUGCAUGCAGAGAAGAGGCAUCCAUGCAGCCUACAUCUUGUCACGACCACUGGCGGGGCUCAACACCUUCUUCAACCUAGCGCUUUAUACACUGGCAGGAGACAAGUUUCAACAGGCUCUCUGGAGUUUUGUGCACAGGGAACGUACGAGCAGCACCAUAUCUGUGAUCCACACACCAAACAACAUGUCAAAGACAGACCUCUUGAGGAUCUGAUAUACUGUGUCCUACAUAUUGUGUGUGUGUGUGUGUGUGUACUGUAUUUUACACACACUAUGUUUCAAAAGUUUGGGGUCAGUAAUUUGCCAUUUUGUCUUCACUGUCACAUGUUCCUUCAGAAAUCAUUCUAAUAUGCUGAUUUGGUGCUUAAGAAACAUUCCUUAUUAUUAUCAAUGUUCAAAACAU